AGUGUCAUUUUUGAGGUUAAUCGGUAAACUACAACUCAAGUUUGGAAACGAUAUUCGUGCUGACUUGGCUUCUACAGCAAAAGUUAAUUUUAGUGGCAUGUGCGUGUAUCAUGUAUUUCUUAACUGAAAAAUGGAUGAUUAUGACGAAGUUUUAAGCGAUUUCAACUUUGAGAACCUGUUCCUGAAAGCUGACAGUUCUUUACAUGCAAAUUAUGAUUCAGUAGAGUUACUCCACAACAACUCACCGCCUGGUGGCCACUGGUUUCUAGAGUCAAAUUUAAAUGCAUUUUGGUCCAAAACUUUGGGUUCUGACCCGGAGGAUAAAGGUUCCUUCUCAUGUUUCUCAACCAGUCCGCAGAGUAAAUUUUUGGACUCCCUAAGCAUAGCUAACAACAAUGCCUGGUCAAGCAAGGAGAAAUACCUCUUAGAGAAAGGAUUGGAAUUAUUUGGCCGUAGUUGGAUACGUCUUUCUCAAUACAUUGGAUCAAAAACAUCGAGUCAGAUAAAAGCUUACAUCUUGAGCAUGGAGCAAAACACCGGUCAUAACACAGCGACAGUGAUGAAUCCCACCUCAAGUUACAUCGACUUUACAGAGCUCGGUGAAACUGAGAUUAUAAAUGAAAUGCAGAUUCCAGCAUCCAUGGAAGAGGUCAUUACUGCCGUUAGCACGGGACAACCAACAAUUCCAUCCGUCUCCAAUCGCUGUGGACAGCGCCAAAGAUUUAACUCAACCUCUUCAAGUGAUUCUGAAAGCAGAAAUAGUUCACCGAAUUUAAGGAUUGAUUUGGAAUUUGGUUCCAGUGUCAAAAACAAACCUCAAAGAAAGCGUUGUCGGACAACACUAAAGAGGAAUAAAUCGAUUCCUGUUCGUAAACAUCAGCGGCGGAAAACUCGUCAGAAAUCACCAAACAUAAUUUUUAUCAAGCCCAAAGAAGAAGUUUCUCAGUUUCAUAUCAAAAUAGCUGAAUCAGGCCACAAUAAAAAUAAAGUCAUCUUACCCAGUGGAGAGGAAGUGGUAAAGAUUAAAAAUGAAUCGCCCUCAGAUAACAGUGAUGUCGAUAUAGAUAUCGAGGAUACUUCAGAUUCCGAGGUAAAGCCUAUCGUGAAAGUGGAAUUUGAAGAAAAUGAUAGUAUAACCAAUGCAAGCAAUGCUCCGGACAUUAAAAAAACUUCUAUCGACUCGAAACUAUCGUCACCAAUCCAGGUCAGGAUGAACAACCUUCGAGAGAAAAUUUGCGCCAUUCAUGAAUUGCCUCCGCCAAGCUGUGAAAGGAAACUAAGCGAAGAGGGACAUGUAACGGAAGAUGAGAAGAAGUUCCAUCCAGAGUUUUUUGAGAAAAAUGACCCAAUUCUAAUGAGCAGAUAUCUGAAGAUCCGAAACCACAUAUACAAGGCGUGGUUGGCAAAUAAACCAAAUUACGUGUACAAAUCAGCAAUUCGAGCUGGACUGAAAGGCGAUGUAAAUUUAAUCAGCCGUGUUCACACUUAUUUGGAGCAGUGUGGAUACAUCAACUUUGGAUGUGGGCAAUGUCACUACAACCAACGGAGAGAUUUGAUUAAUGUUAAAAUAGAGCCAGACGAGUCGGAUGACCCACUUUCAUCACCCAGGGGUAAAUCAGACAGUGCACUCUCACCUAUCCGAAGGAAAACAUCAAGAAAUUGCAGUAGAAUAUCUUCUUACUCCACUAUGCUGGAACCACUACCAAAAUUUGAGGUUAUUGACGAAGGUGGAUGCACAAUACAGCACAUGAACUCCAACGAAACUGUCAUUUCCUGUUUUGGAAGUGGAAAUCUGCCGGAAGUAGAAAGUACCGACAAAUCGAUUGUCGAACUUAUCUCCUGCAAACAAUAUGCAGAAACUCAUGCUGUGCCAAUCAAUGUCAAAAUGAGUCUUGAGUCAUUGCUUCUGAUUGAUAUUCACUCACACUCAAGUAAAGAGAGAGAGGUCAUUGGUCUGCUUGGAGGGCGCUAUGAUGCAAACUCAUCAACACUAUUUAUCGUCAGUGCUUCAGCCUGCAAGACCGACAGUAGCUCUAAUGUCCACUGUGACAUGUGUCCUGUAUCUCAAUCGGAUUGUAGUGAGAGAAUCUAUGCAAUGGGGCAAGAGAUCGUUGGUUGGUAUCAUUCUCAUCCCACGUUUUUGCCUGACCCAUCACAUCAGGAUAUUGAAACACAACAAGGGCUUCAGUCAUGGUUCUGGGGUUCAGCUGGUCUUCCAUUUGUCGGUUUCAUUUUAUCACCAUUUUUGAAGGAAUCGCAGCAUCAGGCCUCCAUGCUAAGGUGUUUGACGGUGGAGAAAAGUAAAGAUGGUGAAAUCACCCCUUUUGAACUGAAUGUAGAGCUCUAUUGUGACUUGACCGUUGAUAUAUGCUUUGCGCUAUCGGAGCAACUCAAAUUAAUGCUGCUUAACAUGCAAAACAACGCAUCUUUCUCCAACCCUCUAAACCAUCAGUGCAUGGAAAGUGUUCUUUACCACAUAAAAAGUAUCGAGCCAGCUGUGCCGGAAGAAUUUGUUGAACAGAUAUCGAAGAGUGUACUUCAAACAUUAUGUACUCUAGACCAAAAAUAAAAUUUAGAUAAUUCAGUUUUGAUAUUUUUUUAAGUAUUUCGCUGGUUUCGAUUAACCACUAAUGAUGCCUAUUUUCAAGAAUUUAUAUUUUAGACUUAAAAUAAAAUCUAGAUAAUUCAGUAAGCAAUA